UUUUCGCGUGAAAAUCGAUUUUAACUCAGAGCUCUCGCGUCUUCGAGAAUAGAAUCCCGUGCUCGACUUUGACAUUCAGCUACCGCGAAAUCUCCUUCGUUAUCAGCAUCACGUUACGCUACCCCCUCCCUCUGUUAUCCCCUCCUCGUGUUCUCUCAGACAGUCGCAUUACGCUCCAUCGCCGAAGCGCCGGGUUCCUCUCGCUCGCUCUCCCGAGGGAUGCUGUAGUCGCCUUGGUGGGGACCCCCGAUGCGAUAGGGGUGGCUCCGCCCGUGAACCAACCAGAGGUCCCGUUGGAGGUGACCCGCCACACCCCGUGUAUCGUCCCUGGGAUCCCCGAGAGAACCCUCGUCGUGCCAUCCUCUUCUCAACAGAUUUUGGAUCCUCUAGUCCGCCAAGGGCCAGCUGACACGGAGCAGCGCUCUUUCCGUUGUGUCCGUCUCUUCCUACCUACUUACCUACCUACCUACUACAGUCCGUUCGCUCGCUGGAGAGGCUCAGGCGCUAUCCCCCCCGGUGCGCGAUCGCAUCUACCCCCCCGGAGGUAAACGGGGUUACUCGGGUCCCAGUCGGAGUCGCGACCGCGUUCUCAGCCGACCCGUCUAACCGAUCGAUCGCUCGAUCAUGAAGACAUUCGGCCCGAAUUCCCGCCGACCUCGUCGCUCGUCAUUUUCGUGAUGUUGAUGUGAUCUCGUGAGAGGGCAACUUCUUGUGAUGCCGAUGUGUCGGGAGUGAUCCGUAUCCUCCGAAGUCUCCGAAUCCUCAGAGUCGUUUGGAGGAUCUAGGAUUCCGGAUCCGAGGCGAGUCACCGAUGAACGGUCUUGAUCUGUCCCGUUCCGUCGUGGAUUGCAAGAUGAACUGCGGAAGCAGCGACGAAGGCGAGGCGACGUCGGGGGCGACAGGCGGGGGUGGCAGCAACGAGAACGCAGACAUGGAGGAGAACGGAUCGACUCGCACGAGCAGCAACAGCAGCAGCAACAACAAUCCCGUUUACAGAGACCCGAGAUCCCUUCAAGCCCCUGGCGGCGCGCAUGAGGUGUCUCAGGAUUACAAUCAGCAAUCGUGGACUACCGCCUAUCAGCGGCGCGGCUAUUCGCCAGGGAUGGAAUUACGACAGCGCCAUGUCGCGAAGAAGCAUCCGCCGUUGACGUUUUUUAAGGAGGAGAGAAAAUCGUCCUGGGACUACGGCGAGACGAACGCGCGGAAAGAAUACUCGAGAUCGCGGGAUUACAGCAGCGAGUAUCAGGACAUGAAGCAGGAGAUGAAGCAGGAGAUAAAGCAAGAGAUAAAGCAGGAGCCCAAGGAUCACUCGAGUCGCGAAUGGGUGUCACCGAUCCCAGCGAUCGAGAUCGGCGGUUCGGCACCCGAUGGCCCGUACGUUCGCGCACGCAAGGACAUCCCUCGCGGCGAGAAAUUCGGCCCGUACCUCGGCAAAUGGGCAGGAGAGCCUUUCAACCCCCGUUACGCGUGGGAGAUUUGCAUAGCGGACAGCGGAGUGAGAGGCUGGUUGGACGCAUCUCACGAGACGAACAAUUGGCUGAAAUACAUUCGAAGUACUGCUAAUCCACACGCGGUAAACAUGCGCUACGUGCUCAACGGCGGUCAGAUGUUGUAUGAAACCAUUCGCGACAUCGUAACGGGCGAGGAGCUUCUUUUGGGUCUUCGGGAGCCGCUUCAGCUGCAGGACAUGCUGGGUGAGAAUACAACCGAGGAUAGAAGCGAUCGAGAGACUGCUUCGCAGCACAGCGGAACCGUCGACGAGGACAAGGAGGACGAAGAGGAGGGGGAGACGAGAUGCACCGUCUGCGACAAACCGUUCCAAGAUAUUGAAUUAUUGGAUAGCCACUUGGUGACUUGUCACAGAUACCCAGCGGAGCAGCACCGUUGCGACAGUUGUCCUCGUGCUUACGCUUGGCGGCCGCUUCUGGUACGGCAUCGCGCUAUCGUUCACGGUGAUCUGAGGAAUUAUCCCUGCGAGAAUUGUCCGAAGUCGAACAUCCGGCAGGUCUUCACGGACCCGUCCAAUCUACAGCGCCAUAUCAGAACGCAUCACGUGGGUGCCAGGAGCCAUGCUUGUACAGAGUGCGGCAAGACCUUUGCGACCAGUUCCGGCCUGAAGCAACACACCCACAUUCAUAGCAGCGUAAAGCCUUUCCAGUGCGAGGUCUGUUUCAAGUCGUACACGCAGUUCUCGAAUCUAUGCCGGCACAAGCGCAUGCACGCCGACUGUCGCAUGCAGAUCAAAUGCGUUAAAUGCGGACAGUCCUUCAGUACGGUAACAUCGUUAUCGAAGCAUAAACGAUUUUGCGACUCCACGACUCCGACCGGUCCGCCCGGAGCUAUGCCGCAGUUACCGACGCCAACGACAAAUCCUUUUCUGGUGUAUCCACGACCUCCCGUGAGCCUGCCAGGUGGUCUGCCUUUCUACCCACCUAGUCUGAUGGCUCCUUAUCCGGGAAUCUUUCCGAACGCUCCGAAUUUCCUGAAUACGCCUCUCCUCUUCCCACCGAAGAUCGAGGAAACUGAGAAAAGGAGCGAGAGCCCUUUUCCCAAGAAGGCACGAUUUACUCCUCCGACGGUACUAUCACAACAUAAUAAAGUAUCUCCUUCUACGGCGGAGGAGGCCACCUCUACCUUCAGGCCGUCUCCGGCUAGACCUCCGGUUCAACCGACUCCGGAGAGCGACGACGACCUGUCCAAGAGGGGAGAAGCGACCAGAAACAACGAGCGAAAAAGAAAAGCCGAAAGCGCAUCGAACGUCUCGAAGGAAGAGACGACGGAACAGCCGUUGGAUUUGAGGGUGCAGACCAGGAAACAGGACACCGCUUCGAGAGCUUCGAGCAGGAAGAGUUGCACACCAUCGCCGGCGCCGAUGCCGAGGGAGGAGACACCCGUGUCGCCUGAUCCCCCGAAACCGGAAGAAGACACCACUGCUCCGACGCUCAUGGAAAUCGAGUCCAAGGAAGUCCCCAACAGCCCCCAGCAACUGAGGACUAGCUUGCCGACCGAACAACCGCCGACAAAUACGCCGCCGCAUAUGGCUUAUCCCAGACCGAUACAUCCGAUGUUCCUCGAGACGAUGUAUCGCGGCCCGACGGGGACUUUUCCGGGGUUUCCCGGCGCGCCUCCGCCCCCCGGCGCGGCAGCCCCGGAAUCCAGACUGAUACCUCCGCUCCCGCCUUUCGGUCCACCGCGCGGGCUUCCUUUUUUAGGCUCGCUUAUGAACGGGCUCAGCGGCGCUAGGCCAGGAAGUGGUUUUGAUUUGCUCGCCCGGCCGCCGCUGAGCGCGUUCCCUGGAGUAAAACCGUUUCAGGAGGCCGUGAUAGCGCCUCAUCACCACCAUCAUCAUCACCAUCAUCACCAUGUCCACGGCAAGAUGAAGGAUCGUUACUCCUGUAAGUUCUGCGGCAAGGUGUUUCCCCGCUCGGCCAAUCUCACGAGGCAUCUGAGAACGCACACCGGCGAGCAGCCGUACAAGUGCAAGUAUUGCGAGCGAUCCUUCAGCAUCUCGAGCAAUCUGCAGCGGCACGUCCGGAACAUCCACGACAAGCAACGGCCGUUCAAGUGCCCGCUCUGCGAGAGGUGCUUUGGCCAGCAGACCAAUCUGGACCGGCAUCUUAAGAAGCACGAGGCCGACGACGGCAGCGGCGUGGUCUCGGUCGCCGACUCGCCCGGCAGCAGCAACGAAAACGAGCGGGAGGACACGUACUUCGAUGAGAUUAGAUCCUUCAUGGGCAAGGUCACCUACGGCGGCGAGGGUGGCUAUGGACUGCCCCAUCACCCGGCCUAUAUUCCCAGUCGGCUACGAGAGAUGAACGAGAAUAAGAUGGUCGAGUAUGACGAGGACGAGGAUAGCGAGGAGGGUGCGUCUCCGUUAGAGGAGACGGACGGAAUGUCGCCGAUCGAGGCCAAGGAGUCGCCAUCGCCCUCGCAGUACGACCUGAAGCUUAGGGAGAAGCAGGAGCUGCUCAAUAACAACACUGCUGAGCCGGUGAUCGAGAUCUCGACAUAGCCCAGAGGUCGAACCGGGUGAUUUGCGCCUCGAGGGACGGAGGGAGCUCGUUUUCCCUUAAUGUACAGAACCGCUUGCGAGUAACCGUUCGGUCUCAGCAUUCCCGAUCUUGACGGCGUUAUUUCGAGAGAUAACGCUCCAAUAUAGCGCAGGAUUAUCCUACUUUAGAACGGUCCGCCGUACUUUUGACCUUGCACUUUCACGAGACAAACAUAUUUUCAAGUUACAUAAACGGGUUAUUCUCCGCAAUGAUACUGUAAAUCUCCAUGAAAGACAGCCGACAGUGAUAAUUAUAAUUACGCGUCAGUAUAUUCAUUUCGGAGAAGUUUCCAAAGAAUAUAAUCACGAAGAAUUAAAAUUUCUUCCACCUCAGUUAUACUUAUAAAACACGUGCUUUAAAAAAAAAAAAAAUGCAAAAAACUCGGCGAACAAAAUCCCCGAAGAUCUUAUUACGCAAUCUUUUUUUACGCUCCACAUUUGUUUGCACUAGGCAUCGUAAAGAACAACAAAUGGACCAGUUAGUCCCCCUCCUCUCUCUCUCUCACACACACACGCAUAUCAGAAGCUCUUUUAUCACCUAGUUCUAUAGUUUCUAUAGACUCGUUAUAUGAAUGUAAUACGUGCACGUAAUUAAAUAUUACUCCCCUCUCCUUCCCCAUCCCUUUUCGUCAUUGAACGAGUCCUUCAUCGAUUGGAGGAAACGCACGGUAUAGCACAUUAUUUAUUUCUAUUAUUAACAAAAUUAAUUUAUCGUUAUUAUUACAUAUUAUCGUCGCUCGGCAAAGGGGCUCAUACGUCACAAGCAUCGAAUGAUCGAAAAGCGUCCCUGCAAAAGUCUCACAGAUUGUUAAACUCGCUUGCAAUGUAUCCACCAUGGAUCGAUAAUCAAAUCACUGACGUUUGUAGAUCCUAGAUAUAUCUACGUGUGCGCUAUUAUCAACUGAUUUGUUUUUAACAGUGUAUCAUAGUCGUGUCACGUUCGGGACGCGCGGGGGCUCCUCGAGAGCGAGGGGUUGCGAAAGUUAGAUUGUUGUAAAGAUUCUAUCGUAAGACGAUCGCGCUUGUAAUCGCUUCGAUCGGUUCGAAUCUCGAGGAUUUUCCGAGGAAUUUUAUUAGAACCUAGCUGAAACAACAUGAUCGUACCAGCAACAAUAGACGAGGAAGAGUUCCAUUUUGACGCAAGAUACGUCAGAUAAGGAAGAUCUAGGACCUGCGGAAUGAGAGAAAAGUUUAAUACUUUCGCAUCAUGUAUUGAAAUUGAUGUACGUUACUUCGCGAAAUCACAAAGCGACGAGAGGAAAAAAAAAUUGACGCGAAGGGAAUGUGUAUGUAUAAUUAAAUAAUUAGAAGGCAACAAAAAGAGUCUCUUAUCGCGAAAAAAAACUGUACAAAUUUCUAUUAGGUGAUAUAUAACAUUUGUAAAGAGACGAAAGAUUCUUCCGCGAUUUUUAUUAAUAUAUAUAAAUACGAUUAUCUAGAGAGGUUUCUUUUUUUCUCGUAGUAAACGGGACAAAGAAGAAGAAGAAGGCACGUUAGAGCGAAUCAUACCGUUCCUCGCGUUUCACUCACUCCCAGUAGGAAUAUAUUUAAGGAACGCGUCGAUUAAUUACGAUUAACGUGUGUCACCCGAUCACGCGAGAAAGUUGAUAACGUUGAGAGAUUAAGCACACAGCGUAUUACACGUGUACCAAGUACGCUUGCGGUUAAUAAAAAAAAAAAAAAAAAAAUAAUGAUACAAAGAAUAUAUCGUUCGUUUGUAAUCACCGAGUUGGGGCUUCACUUGUUUUUUCACGUAAAGAUUUUACGAAUACACAUUCUACAUAUCUCUGUCUGUCUCUCUCUCUCUUUUUUCCUCUCUAUUUCUAUCUCUCUUUCAUUAUAGAGAAUAAUAAACUUAUAAAGCGAUUAGAGCAUAAAUAUAUUGAAACGAAUUACUUAAGAAAAACUAUAUUAUACGACGCUGUCUAUCUAUACAUACUGUAUAAAAAAGCAUCCUGUAACUCUUCAUUAUGAUUACUAUUAAAAAUAUUACAC